UUUAUAUGUGAAACUUUCUCUCUCUCCCUGCCUCCAGCGACGUUUCGGGACUUCCGGAAGCAGGUUCUAUUGGCUGUUCUGUUCCGAUCUACCGAUGGGAACCCUUGGAAGAUUUUAGCCAGGAAGGAGUAGCUGCGUGUGGUGCUUUAUUGAGCUUCUAUGCACCAAGGAAGUUAGACAGAUCGUCUUUGGUGGUGCUUAGUAGUUGCGAAUUCACUAUGGGGUCGGCUUGUUGUGUUGCUGCUAGAGACAAAAUGAUCGUACCCAAUAGAUCAGAGGGCGAGAACUUGCAAAGAAACAGUGUCCAGUAUUCUCCGACUUGGAGUUUCCGGUGGGAUAAUAGAGGAAGAGUAGCUGGUGAAGAGACCUCUGUGAGUUGGUUGUCCGAUGGGCUUAGUCGGAAUUAUGGUUCUGAUGUCAAAUUUGGGUCUGAGUUUGUAUCAUCAGAAGGCUCCCCCUUAGACAGCUUCAGGGCACAGGCAUGGCAGAAAUCUCCCCAGUCAGCAGAUUUAUCUUUCCGGAGAACUGCUUCUUUGGAUGUUGUUUCAGAGCAGAUUGUAGAGACAAAUAGGGAUUCAAUAGAAUCUUCAGCACCGUCUCAUCCAUCUCCCCCAAAAUUCUCUCUUUCAUUGGCUUCUCAACCAUCAUCCUUCUCCACAUCACCGCUGUCAUCCCAGAGCAAUUUGCAACCUGCAAGCUCAUCCACCCCAAAGUUUGCACACCGGCCUCAUCUAUCAAAGCAAGUAUCAGAUGGCCAGAUUUGUGGAGUGAAAUCUCCAAGCAGAUACUCCGAGAGGCGAGGAAUUUGUUGGAGCAACAAUUCCCGGCGUGGGCCUUCCGACAGUUGGUCCAUGCAUGCCUUUUCUGAGCUGAUGUCGCUUUCCCAGAGAGAGUCUAUGUCUUAUGAUAAUGAUUCCUUUGGCCUCCGGCGUGAUAAAAUAGACCGUCAUGGCAACCGGACGUCCAAUGAUCAACAAACUUGUGGUGCUUGCUCUAGACCCUUGACAGAGAAAUCCUUGUGGAGCAGCCAAAAGAUCAUAACUACAAGCGAGUUAUCAGUUGUGGCUGUUCUAGCUUGUGGUCAUGCCUAUCAUGCUGAAUGUUUAGAGCAUAUGACACCAGAAAUCGACAAAUUCGACCCUCCAUGUCCAAUAUGUACCUUGGGCGAGAAGAAAACGCUCAAGCUGUCAGAUAAGGCUUUGAGGGCAGAGAUGGAUUUGAAAGCUAGAUACAACAAGAGACUGAGGAAUCGCGUUAUGGACAGUGACUUUGACCGUGAUGAUCUCGUAAUGUUUGAUCACACAAUGGGUGGCCCUGGACUGAAAGGGAAUAGCCCCAAGCUGAUCUCGAGUUCAAGCGUGAAAAGCUAUUCCCCGAGGCCCUUCCUGGCACGUCACUUCUCUUUCGGAUCCAGAGGGAGCGGGAAAGCCCCGAAAGAUAGUCAUCCUGGGAGAAAGAAAGGCUUUUUCUGGACCAAAUCCAGCAAAACAUGAAACUUAUUAUUAUAGGGUGCUGUUCUCUCCUCAAGCCGUAAAACGGUGGCCAAAAGUUGCAUAGUGUAACCGAUCAUCAAACACAUCCUCUUGUCGGCUCCUGUCUGUUUAAGCAUCUUGGAGAUCUUCUCGACAGAGUUUGUCUUCACCAAUUUCCUCUGUUCCCCCCCCCCCUUUUUCUUGUUUUCCAUAUUUCCACACGUGUAUAGAUUAUAUAGAAGGUUGGAGAACAACAUUAACAGCAACGUAGGGGAGACCGUAAAGCCCUUACAAAGAUUAUUAAGGCUUGGAUGCGUCCAAGGGGACUGGACUGAAUUGGUUUUAAUUGGAAUUUGAUGGAAGUGGGUGUAUGGUUUUGUAUUGAACUCUUUUUAUGUACCAACCCGCUUAAUUCUUUUCCGCAUAUA